UAGUUGACUAGUUGUUAUUACUUGUUCACUGUUGUGUCUUGUGUGUUGUGAGUCGUUCGUUCGCUAUCGGUGUCCGCCUUUUUUUUUGCCGAUCGUCCGUCAACAACAAACAAUAAUAUUAUUGUUAUUGUUUCGCAAAAGUUAAAUCGCCAUCGUACACCGGGCAGCAGUCGUUGUUCGUCGUUGCUGAGGAUUUUCGCUGAAAACUGAUAUUGUAGUACAAUGACGGCAAUGGAGAACGAGUCAUCGGAUGGAAAUGUUUCACCUAAGAAGAAAUCAAUUCGUAAAGGCAAGACUGCUCUAGCUCGUGUCCUUUUAUUAGAUGGAUCAUACUUAGAUGUUCAAAUCGAUAGAAAAGCUAAAGGUCAGGAGUUAUUGGAUCAAAUAUGUGAUCGAUUAAAUUUAUUAGAACGGGAUUAUUUUGGUUUAUCUUAUGAGGAUAGACGUGAUCCUCAUAAUUGGCUUGAAAUGGAUAAACGCAUUGGAAAGUUUUUAAAAAGUGAACCAUGGUUGUUUAAUUUUGAAAUGAAAUUUUAUCCUCCUGAUCCUAAUCAACUUCAAGAAGAUAUCACCCGAUAUCAACUAUGUUUACAAAUUAGAAAUGAUAUUCUCAAUGGAAAGUUGCCUUGUUCUUUUGUCACGCAUGCACUUUUGGGUUCAUAUUUGGUUCAGUCUGAAUUGGGAGAUUAUGACAUUGAUGAACACAAAAAUAACACAAAUUAUUUGAAAGAGUUUAAGUUUGCUCCAAAUCAAUCACAUGAACUUGAAGAAAAAGUUAUGGAACUUCAUAGAACACAUAAAGGUCAAACACCAGCAGAAGCAGAGCUAAAUUAUUUGAACAAUGCUAAAAAAUUGGCCAUGUAUGGUGUAGACUUACAUCCAGCUAAAGAUUCUGAAGGUGUAGAUAUAAUGUUGGGAGUAUGUUCUUCUGGUUUGCUCGUUCACAGAGAUCGUUUACGAAUUAAUCGUUUUGCAUGGCCUAAAAUAUUGAAAAUUUCUUACAAGCGAAACCACUACUACAUUAAAAUUCGUCCAGGUGAAUUUGAACAGCAAGAAGCUACAGUUGGUUUUAAAUUGCCCAAUCAUAGACUUGCUAAAAAAUUAUGGAAAACUUGUGUUGAACAUCAUACAUUCUUUAGGCUGAUGACACCUGAACCAACACAAAAACUUGGAUUGUUUCCUCGUUUGGGUUCUAGAUUCCGUUAUUCUGGCCGUACUCACUAUGAGUCUAAAAAAACGGCAAUCGAUAGACCUGCACCAAAAUUCCAAAGAAGCUUAAGUGGAAGAACAUUAACUUCUAGAAGCAUGGAUACUUUAGGAGGAACCAGACAUUUGGGAGAAGAUUUUGGAAUGGAACCUGAGUCUAAAAGACACACUAUGUCUCAUCCUCCUGACCGUGUUUCUGACAUAGAAAACAACAUUGAAAAAGGUGGAAAGUCAAACAAAAUUGAUAAACGAAAGUUAAAAGAAAAAGUGAGCAUAAGUUCUCAUGACAGCUCUGUAACAGAGGAAGGCAAUUACGAAGCUGAACGGAGCAGCUCAGACAUUCAUAAGUCUAAGAAACCAAUUGGAGGAAUUGCCGUUUUACCAACAGGAUCGUUUAAUUUUAUGAGGAGGAAAAAAGACAAAGAUGUGUCUAAAGUUUCAAAUGGUAUUGGUGUUGAAGAAGAUGAUGAAAAAGAAAAUCGUGAAACUUCUCCUUCUAUAAAAACUACAAGUUUUAUAACCAAAGAACGUGAAGCUUUAUCUCCAAAUGAUACAAACACAAGUGCAGAUAUUUCAGGCAUCAACUCAUUAGAUACUUCAAAAGCAGAUUCUACUAAAAGUGAUAAAUCUAAAUUGAAGAGCCCUGGAGGUAUUUUUAGCAGUUUUAGUUUAAAAUCUAAGAAAUCGAAAGACAAAUUGAAAGCUGAUAACGGCCUUGAUACAAGUGUGGAACCAGAGUCCCCCAAAGGUUUAGACAAAUUCAAAUUAAAAACAAAGAAAGAUUUAAAAAAACCAAAAAAAGAAUCAAAAACAAGUCUUAAAACUAUUGACAGUACUACUUCUAAUUUAUCAUCAAAUGCUACAUUUGCUGAUCGUUCAAUUGCUGAAACUACUGUGAAUGUAUCUGCUAUUUCUACAUCACCUACAUCACCUAGUUUUACUAAAACAUACAAUUAUACAGAAGAUGAACACAGUGCUACCAAAAAACGUAAGCCAGUUGGUGGAUUUACCUAUGAAAAUAAUAUGCAAAAGUCAAAAGAAAGUAUUUCUGAAAUUCCAACAUCUCCCAGCAAACGAGCUCAAGGUCUAGCAUUUAACUACGCACCCGGGGAAGCAAAGAAAGUUGCAGAAACUGCAGCAGAAAAGAGGAAAACAUUCAUGGAAAAAGUUGCUGCUGAUGGUAUUAAAACACCAGGAAUUAAUUAUGUACAAUCGGCAGUUCACAAAGAAGAAUCUGUUAAGAAAGAACCUAAAACUAAUUUUGAGACAAAAGUAGAACCCACUGGUGAAGUUGCGUUUACUAAGACUGUGUUGGAAAAAAAAGUUAGCUCAGCCAGUUCUGAAACAACUAUUGAGACUGAGAAGAAAAAAUUUGAUUCGAAAUCGGGUGUUUUGAAUAAGAAAUCAAAAGAACACGACAGUGGUAAGGGCGUAUUAGAAAAAGCUAUGGACAAAUUAGGCUCUUUUGGUAGGGGAUCUAAAGAUAAAGCUGAGGUAGACGUAAAAAAAGAAUCAUCAGACUUCAUUGAUAAUGAAAAGAAAACCUAUGAAGAUGAUAAACCACUAGUUAGUACUGCACCAUUGAUUGUAAAAACUACAACUAAACAGACAAUGAUCCAGGAUAAGGAGGGCCUUACUCAAAAUAUUGAGGAAAAAGUUGAAGAUUUAACAUCUGGUGAAGUCACUGUAUCAACACAGCACAAUAAGGCUGAAGGUUUGGACACUGCUACUGGUAGGCCUCCAUAUGUAAAGGCAACAGCAGUAACUACUCGUACAGCAACUACUCAUCAGGAUUUGGAAAAAAAUUCUAAAACCAGUCAGGUUGAAGAGAAAACUGUAGCACAUACAACAACAACUAGUGGUACUCGCCAAGAACAACGAACUGUUACACAAGAAGUCAUAUCAACAUCAACAAUUCUUGCACCAGAAUCCAAAAUUGAGCUAAGUAGAGCUUCAAGUAGUUCAAGCCUUAGCUCAAAUGAUUCAGGCACACCAAUUGAUGUUGAAGGCCCAUUAGAUGAGUCCAAUGGGCUAGGAUAUUAUAAUAGCAAUUUUCAGAACGAGUUCAAGGCCGAACAUGUAACGGCUGGUUCGAACUCUGCUGAAGAGAGACAUAACAUAAACAUCACAGCUAAUGACAAAUCUUACACACUCACAGGAGAGAUUGUUUCAACACAAGCCAUUUCUAGUAAAACACGAACUGUUGAAACUGUAACAUAUAAAACUGAAAAAGAUGGUGUUGUUGAGACAAGAGUUGAACAAAAAAUAACCAUACAGAGUGAUGGGGAUCCAAUUGAUCAUGACAAAGCAUUGGCUGAUGCCAUACAAGAAGCUACAGAAAUGAAUCCAGACAUGACUGUAGAAAAAAUUGAAAUUCAACAACAACAACAAACAUAAUAAACAAAAAAACAAAAGCAAUAACAAACUCAUCUUUUUUAUUUUUUUAGUUUAUUUUCAAUUUAAAUUCCUUCCAAAUUAGAUAUACAAAUUUAUAUUUGUGUGUUCCAUUGCUACAUUUAACAUUCCAUUUUUUAUCUUUUCAAUUGUUUAAUUUAAUUUGUUUAUUUAUUCAUUUUUGUUAUGGUCUGUCAUUGUUUUUUUUUUAUAUUUUAUUCUUUAGCCUAUUAUGAAUCAAUUACGUGUUUUGUAAUCGAACAACUAUAAUUAAAUUUUGUAUUAUUAUGAUUUCUGAAGAUUCCAUCCAUAUUUUUAAUGUAUUUACUUUGUAUAUUAUAUAGUUAGAAUUCCGUAACAUAAACGUGCUGAGAUAUUAUAACAUUCCAAUAAGUAUUUAAAUGUUGCAUAAUAUUAUAAUUUUUGUUACUCUAAUAUUAUUAUAUUCUAUUACAAAUUACAAUUUUUUUGUGCUUUAGUUUUAAAAACAUUGUCUAAUUUUUGUAAUUGUUCAUGUUAUAUUUUAAAAGGGGUGGUUCAACUAAAUGUAUUAUUAUUGUCUUUUAGCUAGGCUAAGGAAAAUAAUGUAAGCAAGCAAGUGAAUGUGUAAAAUUUUUUUGAAUUAUUUUCCAACAUAUCAGUUCCUUUAAUCGGAAGUAAUGUUUGUGUUCUAAAAUUUGUUUAUACAAAUAAUCAAUUAUAGUAUGUACCUAUAAGUUAUUGUUUUUUUUUUUUUUAAUAUAUUUAUAUUUUUUUACAAGAUAAUAUGCAAUUAAUUUAUAUUUUUUUAUAAUUUAUAAUAAUUUUUAAGUUUAAAACAAAUUUGUUGUAUCAACAAUUGUAUUAAACUAGUUAUUAAUUAUAAUUUCUCACCUAAAUAAUUAAAUAAUUAAUAAAUUCUUAGUUUAGAUUUGUUAUACCACAUUGUCUAUCGUAAAUUGUAUUUAUUUAUUUAUUUUUUUGAACCACCCUAAAUAAAUGUAUGCGAAUGUCAAAAAAUAUUAAAAAUUAAAAAGUGUAAUAUUAUGUUAAUACCGUGGCCUUUUAAAUUGUUAGUUUAACUAGAAAAUUUUAUAUAAUGUACUUGGUUCCAAUUUUCUGACAAUCUUUUAUCAUUAUUUAUUAAUUUUCAAAUAUAUAUGUAAUUGUAUAGUUGUUCUUGUCUAUAAAUUUAGUCUGAAAGACCAUUGUGAACUGGAUAGACGUUUUUGCAUUCAAAUAUAACUUAUUAUAGUUUUUAGUCAAUUUAGGCGUCAAUUCAAUUAUAAUGUAUUGAAAUCCAUUUGCAUUCAUAAGUGUUGUGUUGUUAUUAAAACGUUAGCAUUUUAUGAAUUUUAACUAAUACAAAAAAACUCACAUUUCUUAAUUUAUUUUUACUAUUAUGUAUGAGUUUUAAAUUAAUUGUUUAUUAUUUUCAUUAUAUAAUAUAUUAUAUAUAAAUUAAAUUAAAUUCAUUUAUACUUUAAUCCAUAACUAAUUGUAUGAAAUUAUUAUUAAGUAUUAUGUGAUAUUGUUUUGCUAUUGAAAAUGUUUAUAAUUGACCAAAAUUAUAGUAUUAUAUAUUCACUGUGAAACUUUAUAAUAAAUAAACAAAAUAAUAAUAUUAUUAGUAAAUAGAAACAAAGACAUCUUUAUUAGAUUGAAAAACAAGAAUAAUAUAAUAUAAACUUAUACAUAACUCCA